AUGGCAGACUUAGAAGACCUUCCUGUGAUUGAUUUCACAUCAUUGAAUGAGAAAGAUGCACAGGGCCAGCGCACAUCAACCUCACUCAAGGAACGACACCAGCUCUUCCUUGCCUUGCGCGACACUGGCUUCGCAUACCUCAAGCACCCUGGUAUCAACCAGGCCACGAUGGAUGAACUGUUCUCGCACUCGAAGCGCUUUUUCUCCAAGCCACUGGAAGAAAAGAUGAAGAUCCUGGGCAAGAUGGACAAAGGCCGCGGUCCAAGCCAGGGAUACUCGAACCCCCUCAAACUAGCACACAACCCCAAGACUUCCGACCUUAAGGAGUUCUUCGGUAUGUAUCGCGAUGACGACACUGAGAAGCCUAACCAGUGGCUGCAAGACGCCGAGUCGCAUGAAAUGCGGGCGGAUAUCGUCCGUUUCUUCGACUCAUGCCACAAUGUCAUUCUCGAGCUGCUGAGCGCUGUCGCUGAGGAGGUCGGACUGCCCUCAAAGGCUCUCCAUCCAUUUAUCGGCGAGAGGAGCCAUUUCAUUGCUUGCCUGCAUUAUCCCGCUACGGAGCCCGAGUCGUUCCAGACUCGGGUCCGCGCCGCCCCUCACACGGACUAUGGAUGUUUGACUCUGUUGUUUAACGAUUCUGGGGAGGGAUUGCAAGUGCUUCGCAACACUGGCGAAUAUGAAUACGUUCCACGAAAGGAAGAUUGUGCUGUGCUGAAUGUUGGAGAUCUCCUCUCACGUUUCUUCAACGGUGUAUUGCCCUCAACCAUGCACCGGGUUGUGGAACCACCCGCCACGAGGAAAGGCGACCUCCAAGCUGAGGUACCGGAUCGCUACUCCAUUGCCUUCUUUGGCCACUUCAAUCGCGACCUCCUGGUUAAGCCACUGGAUGCCCUGGUCUCGGCCACAAACCCGGCCAAGUUCGAACCGGUUGUUGCGGGGGAGCACGUUAAGGAACGUGUGAAGCAGUUGCAUGUUGCAGGCCAUAGUCUCAAGGAAAAGGAGAAGGAGAAGUGCACGGAGAGCCGCGAUGGUCAGAUUGCUGUGGCGUGAAUGGCUGCAAGUGCGUCUGUGUAAAUAAUUGUCCUCUUUUUUUUUUUCAAUCCCAG